CCCUUCCCCUUUCCUUUAUCCUCUCCUUCCCUUUCCCUCCCUUUUCUUCCUCCUCCCCUUUCUUCACCCCCUCCAAAAGUCGCAUCAUCAACAAGCACACGGACGAAUCCCUGGGCGAUUGCUCCUUCCUCAACACCUGCUUCCACAUGGACACCUGCAAAUACGUCCACUACGAAAUCGAUGCUUGCACCGAGCCCACCGGCGAGGCCACCGCGCCACCGGGCCGCGAGCACGGACAGGAGCUGGCCAGGCCACAGCCCGACGCCGGGGCCGACCGCCUGUUCCCUCCCCAGUGGAUCUGCUGCGACAUCCGUUACCUGGACGUCAGCAUCCUGGGUAAGUUCGCCGUGGUGAUGGCCGACCCUCCGUGGGACAUCCACAUGGAGCUGCCCUACGGCACGCUGACCGACGACGAGAUGAGGCGUCUCAACAUCCCAGUCCUGCAGGACGAGGGCUUCCUCUUCCUCUGGGUCACCGGAAGAGCCAUGGAAUUGGGACGGGAAUGCCUGAACCUCUGGGGCUACGAACGCGUGGAUGAAAUCAUCUGGGUGAAGACCAACCAACUGCAGCGCAUCAUCCGCACCGGUCGCACGGGACAUUGGCUCAACCACGGCAAGGAACACUGCCUGGUAUUGGGGUGACCCCAAAAUCCACCCUAAAACCACCCUAAAUCAGCCCCCCCAGGCUUUAAAAAGUCGAAACGGUGACACCGCGACCCCAUCGAGACCCCAAAAUUUGACAGGAUGGCCCCGAAAUCCCAACAGAGUGGCCCCCAAAACUCAACAAGAUGAACCAAAACCCAACAAGGUGGCACCAAAACCCCAAUGAGACCCCAAAAACCCAACAAGGUGACACCAAACCCCAUUGAGACCCCAAAAACCCAACAAGGUGACACCAAAACCCCAUUGAGACCCCAAAAACCCAACAAGGUGGCACCAAAUCCUAAAAAAGUGACCCCAAAACCUCAGUGAGACCCCAAAACCCAACAAGGUGACACCAAAAACCCAACAAGGUGACACCAAAACCCCAUUGAGACCCCAAAACUCAUCAAGGUGACUCCAUUGAGACCCCAAAACCCCAACAAGGUGACACCAAAACCCCAUUGAGACCCCAAAAACCCAACAAGGUGACACCAAAACCCCAGU